AUGGAAGAGAAGGUUUCCGCAUCAGGAUCUGCCUCAGAUCCUUCUAAAUCCUAUAUGGAGAGUCUUCUCUCGGAAAGCGGAGGGAAAAUUUUUAACGACUUUUCUAGCCUGAUCAGAGAGAUGGAAUGCCCGGAAGACGGCUAUUAUAAUGAUCAAGAUGAUAUUGUUGAUGAUGAUUCUGAUCUGGAUCCUUGCCCCAAGAUCCAUGUUACACAAGAAGAAUUUGAGGAGUGGUGUGCUCCGUGGAAAAGCUCUCUUGUCAUUCACGUACUAGAUAAGCGUGUGGCAUUCCGAAUGUUGGACAACAAAAUCCAGCGAGAAUGGGCUAAAACGGGAUCAGUGAGAUUGAUAGACCUAUCACAGGAUUAUUACCUGGUCCAAUUUGCUUCUGAAGAGGAUUACAAGCAUGCAUUAUUUGAAGGGCCUUGGCUUAUUGCUGACCACUACAUAGUCGUUCAAAGGUGGAGACCCUUCUUUACAGUGACUGCCAAACAGACGCGCAAGAUUGCUGCUUGGAUCCGUAUCCCAGGGUUGCCAAUUGAACUGUUCAACGAUAGAUUUCUUUGGCGAGUGGGGAGUAAACUAGGAACGAUGUUAAAAAUUGAUAAGCUAACAUCUAUUCAGUCCCGUGGAAGAUUUGCAAGAAUCUGUGUGGAGAUUGAUCUAAAGAAAAAACUAGUCCCGCAGAUAGAUGUUUUAGGCCAUAUUAAUCUCAAGUUAGAAUAUGAAGGUCUGCAUUCCAUCUGCUUCAAGUGUGGGAAGUACGGCCACAAACAAUCUUCAUGCCCACAAUUUCAAAAUGGUGACGACAAGGAAGAGAGCAAGAAUCAGACGCUAAUGGACGUUGAUAAUGCUACAACAAAAAUAGCUGAUCAAGUCCGCAGCCAUAACGAGAUUCCUAAACAUGUGGAGGAGAUUAUUCCCAAUCAAAAUGAACCUGAGUCUAAGGAUCAAUAUGGCCCUUGGAUGAUUGUGAAGAGAAAGAAAAAAUCCUUUAACUCAAGGAAUCCUUCUCAAGUGGCAACAACAAACACAAAUACCAGAUUGGUUGAAUAA